CUCUCCCACUCCCACUCCCUCUUUUUCCUUUCCACUCACGCCUCUCCUUCCUCUCCUCACACCCACCCACCAUGGCUCCCUCGACCUGCUUCCCCGUCCCCAACCCCGGUGACUGCUUCUGGCAGACCGAACCCCACGAGUUGCACGACUUCCGGUCGACGGAGCAGCUCCCCGCACACGCCGAGGUGGUCAUCAUCGGCGCGGGGUACGCCGGAGCCAGCACCGCCCACCACCUGCUGCGCGACCACGGCGAUGCCAUCAAGUCCAUCACCAUCCUCGAGGCCCGCGGUGCCUGCUCCGGGGCCACCGGGCGCAACGGCGGGCAUCUGCGCCCGGACUUCUACGGGCACAUCCCCACGUACGUCGACCGCGCGGGCGUGCGGGCGGGCGCGGAGAUCGCCGAGUUCGAGAUCUCGCACCUGCACGCGAUGAAGAAGCUCAUCGAGGAGGAGCAGAUCGAUUGCGACUUCACCCUGGCGCGCUCCAUCGACGUGUGGUGCAACCCGGAGGCCGCGCAGAAGGCGCAGGCCGUGUACGAGCGCAUGAAGGGGCUGGGGCUGGAGUACAUGAACGACGUGGCCUUCUACACGGGCAAGAACGUGGAGGGCAUCUGCGGCGUCAAGGGGGCGGUGGCGUGCGCCUCGUUCACGGCGGGCACGAUGUGGCCGUACAAGUUCAUCCUGCACAUCCUCCGGGCGGCGCUGGCCACGGGCAAGCUCAACCUGCAGACUUUCACGCCCGCCACCGCCGUCACGCCCCGGCCCCAGGGCGGCUUCACCGUCGAGACCCCCCGCGGCGCGAUGCACGCCGACACGGUGAUCCACGCCAACAACGCCUACGUGUCGGCCCUCCUCCCCGAGUACGCCCACAACAUCGUCCCCUGCAAGGGCAUCUGCUGCCGCAUCACCGUGCCCGAGGGCCGGCCCGCCCCCCUGCUCAACAACUCGUACAUCAACCGCACCGAGGACCACACCCUGUCCUACCUCAUCCCGCGCCCCGACGGCAGCAUCAUCGUCGGCGGCGCCUCCUCCCAGUUCCGCCCCUUCCGGGACCAGUGGUACAACAACGUGGACGACAGCGUGCUGAUCGACUCGGCCAAGGACUACUACAACGGCUACAUGCAGCGGACGUACCGCGGGUGGGAGGACAGCGGCGCCACGGUGGACCAGAUCUGGACGGGGGUGAUGGGCUACUCGUUCGACUCCAACCCCCACAUCGGGGCGGUGCCCGGCAAGGCCGACCAGUUCAUCCUGGCCGGCUUCAACGGGCACGGCAUGCCCGUCAUCUGGCGCGCGGCGCAGGAGCUGGCCCGCAUGGUGGUCGAGAAGAUCCCCUUCGAGCAGACGGCCAUGCCGCGCCUGUUCCAGACCUCGCAGUUCCGCAUCGACCGCGCCCAGCACGGGUCCGAGAGCGACGGCGACAUCCUGGGGACGGGCAACUUCCCGGCCACGAAGCCCUGAGCCGGGCCCCUCCGGUGUUGGGGCCGGACGCUUUCUUUCCACCCCUCCACGUGUAUUAUAGAAAUGAG